CGUCAGGGCUCAGGGCCGGAAGUGGAGUGGGGGGCGGCGCGGAGCUCCCCAGGUUGGUGGCCGGUGGGGCAGUUGAGGCGGCGCGGUACCUCUCCGCUUUGGGCUCCUGAUGGAACCCGCACCGGAUCCCGGGCCGGGGUUCUGCUGCAAGCCUGGCGGGCGGCUAGACAUGAGCCACGGCUUCGUGCACCAUAUUCGACGGAACCAGCUGGCCCGGGACGACUACGACAAGAAGGUGAAGCAGGCAGCCAAGGAGAAGGCGAAGAGGCGGCACACGCCCGCGCCCACGCGGCCCCGCAAGCCCGACCUGCAGGUGUACCUACCGCGACACCGAGAUGGCUCCAUGCACCCAAGCAACCCAGACUGUGAGGGGUCCAGUGAAAGCAGUAGUGGCAGCUCUGAGCAGGAGCCUUCUGGCCAUCAGCUCUUCUGCUUAGAAUAUGAGGCAGACAGCGGAGAGGUCACCUCCGUUAUCGUGUAUCAGGAGGAUGAUCCAGGAAGGGUGAGUGAGGAGGUGUCAGCACACACGCCUCUGGAUCCACCCAUGCGAGAGGCCCUCAAGUUGCGCAUCCAGGAGGAGAUUGCAAAGCGCCAAAGCCAACACUGACUGGGCUGAAGGCAUUCUCUCCAGGCUGGAGUCACUGCCCAGGAAGCUUACCCCUAGUUUAGGGGUACCAAGACCAGGCUGGGCUGAUCCUGAGAUACACAACUGCAACAGAGCUACUGCCGCAUCCACAGGAAAGGGUGUUGCAGGGACUAUACCUGACCACCUCCCUUGCAGCCAGCCUAAUAUUCUGAAAUGUUUUGAGAGUUUUGUUUGGCAAACUUGGUGUUCUGGAAGGAGAGAUUCCAGGGAGUGCUGAGGUUAUGAAACCUUGUGCCAACAUGUUGCUUUCUCACUGAGGUCACAGGCCACAGGGGCUGCUGCUCCAUUCAGUUCAAUGGGCCAUGUUUGUUAUUUUAUGGUUCCUUCCAGCUUUUUCUGCUCAUUUCCAUUCAUGUUCUCCUAUAGCUUCUUUUCAGCUCUGUUGCUUUGUUCUUUCCUUCUCAUCAUUUUAUCUCAGAAUCCAUCAGUUGUACCCCACCCCCAAUCUCCCAACGUGACUGUGCACCUCUAGCAGGUCAGGAGUGGGAGGUGGGAGAUUCUGGGGUCUGUCAUUCUGACAACCUCUUCUGGUAAUUCUGAUUCCAAUAAGUGGAAGAUCAUUUUUGAGGCCAACUUGCAAGUGUCUCCCUCCACUUCCAAGGCUUUUAAAGUUUCUCUCAUGCCCUGCUGCUCUGCAUUGUCUUGAUAAGGAGACAUAGGAAGAUAAUGCCAGAACUAAACUCCCAAGGAUUUCUUCCAGCAAAACCUGCCUUAGGGCUAUAGAAUUCUAGCCUUUGACCUCCCUACUUGUGAACAUCCUCUGCUCAGGCUAAAGAGCAGAGCAAACAAACUUAAAACUGACUCUCCAAAUUUGAUCUGACAGUCUUAGAUGUAUGUACAGAGGGAAUUUCAAUAAUAGCAAUAAUCACCUACUCAGAGCCCAGUUAUAAAAAAGGGGAUGAGGUCCUGAACAAUGGGCAGUAAAAUGAGCCUCCCCUUUGCUCUUCCCCCACCCCAUCCUUUCUCUUUUGCUACUUCCCAGGAGUAUAUAAACUGAAAGUAUUAAAAUAAAGAUCCCAGAAAUAUCACCCCUUUCACCUAAAUAUUUUUCCUAACACAGGGUUAGGCUGAGGUCUGAAAAGUCCAUAAAACAUCUUGUGCACUGAAGUUCCAAGCCACUUCAGCUUUCCAGCAAAUCAGCCUAACCUCAGUGACUUGAAGUACAGGUGUUAAGUGAAGCCCAUGAACACAGACUUAUCAAAACCAAAGUUCCCCUGCCCUUGGGUUUUCUCCACAUCAGGAUCUCAAGAUCAGUCUGGUUAUUCCCAUCUCAGCAGUUUCUCUCUUAAAGGACACCUGGGGGCACUGUUGGCUUUUGCCCUACCCCUCUCAAAAUCUACUGCCUCAGAAAUGAGGCAAGGCAGCUACUUAAACUAUAUCAUUAAAAUGCAGCAAGCCACAGCUUGCAUCUCCAGAGGAAUGCUGGGAAGGUGAGUGAGGUGGAUAAGAAGGGCCUGGUUGUGAAGAGAGCCAGGACCAGAGUGCUCCUGAUCCACAAAGCUGGCCCAAGGUUAAAUGCCCAGUUGUGCCUUCAGAGGAGAAAGUUUAACCUCUACUUAGCGGGCCAGAAGUGCCUUUUCAUUUGUAAUGUGAACUAUCCUCCAGAGCCUCCUGGAUGAAGGAGACUGUGCCAUAGUCUAUCCCCAGUCUUCCUGCAGCUCAGAGGACCUAUCAUUGUUGUCUUCCAGCUCUUCAGCUGAUCUUCUGACUUGGACAUAGGAUUUCACUGGAACUCUUAGGCUUCUUCCUAGUCUGGAUAUACUUUUGGGGUCUGUCUGCUUACACCUGGAUGUCCUGUUUCAUGGAUUUAUUACAGAAUUUAUUAAGACCAGAAGAGGAGGUUGGGGACAUGACACCUGAAAUUGUAACCACCAUUUCUGUUUGUGAGAAGUAUGUGCCUAAUGUGUUCUUUUAUGCGUUUGUCAUGUAAUCUUCACACUCUCAGGUAAGAGACUGAUAGGAGCUCCUUGCUCAUAAACUUUUUUUCCUGAGGCACUUUGUUUAUCAAGCGCAUAUAAAAACUUUUGCACCCAGAAAACAUUCUAAUUCUUUGCUAACUUAAGCUGUAUGACUAUAUAAAGCACUAAGCCUGGUACUUAAAAUAAAUGUUGUCCUUUAUAGGAAGCUGUUGUGCUGGUGCCAUUGCUGCAGAUGUGCGUGAAAUGCUUCUCUGGUGAUGGCCCUUAGCCAUCUGACAGCCUUAUAGUUCAGGCCCACUGCUUGUUGCCACUCCUCAUCUGGGCUCCAAGGUGGUUCUAUCCAGUUUAUUCAUGAGACUUGCCUCCACAGAUAUUUCAACUGUUCUCAAAAAUCAGUGCUUUUCCAUCAAGGAAUGUGUUCCAGAGCAUUUCCCACAGACUCUAGUUGUCCCAAAGAGGAUUGUCCCGUGCUGUUAGGUGCAGUACCAACAGCGCUGGAUCAGUUAGAGCUUUCUAGCAGGCUGCUUCAGAAUCAACUCAUUUGACUAGAUAUGUUCUUGACUGUCUUAAAAAAAAAAAUGUCUGGUAGCCUGAUGAGCACAUCUCAAACCCAUCCAAAAUGAAAUGUUCUUUACUUACUGAGGGGUCAGCCUUGGAUAUUAAAGCUUUGUGUUUCCUGGGCCAUGAUGGUAGUAUUUUAAAUGGAAGGAAAACGGGGUUUACAGGGGCUUUGGGCUGUACAAGAGUAAACACUAAAGCUUGAGUUCAGCCAGUUGGCAAGCAUAGAAGUUUUUGAAUGCAGUGCAAGAAGGGAAAAGACAAAUGUAAAACUUUUUGUACUGAGUGAGAGUAGGAGCAUGUGGAGGAUGGCCAGCCAGCCAGUAAGACCAAUGUGGGCAAUAAAUGCUUCUCCUUGUGGAUGAGCCUUUGAAAGGGACAUUCUAUCUCCAUAGUCCCUCCAUAGUCCCCCUCCAUAGUCUCCAUAGAUCUCUGAGGAGAUCUGCCAAGUAGCAAUUAGACCAUGGGGCUGGAAGAAACCCUGUUGUGCAUAUGGCAGAACCCAUGGAUGGUAGGGUAGUCAAGUCCCAGUUGGCUCAUAAAUGUAAAUGAGGCCUUUGCAAAUAGAAAGAGGAAUAAAGACAUUACUUUCCUACCUCUGAGCCUUGUUUUGGGAGAAUCACUACUAAAUGUUGACAAUUAUUUGAAUUAUUUUAAACUCCCUGUUGAACUCCUGUCCUGUCCCUGAGAAAUCAGAUAACCAAGAAGCAGUAGGCACCUACCCUAAGUUUCCCCAAUAGUUGGAGUGAUGCUAGAAAUGAAAGCCUUCUGAGGGAAUGGCUCCUCUGCCUUCUCAGAAUCAGAGACUGACUGCACUGGUGAUGUUGUGGUGUUCAGUGCACAAAAGUCAUCCAUUCUUGUUUUCUUGUUACCAGUGUUUCUGCUGUGGAUAAAUAAAAUGAAGUGUACAAAUUAUUGAAAAUCCUGGAAAGUACUUUUCAAAUCCAGUAUUCUUUUAACCAAUAAACUUUAUUUUUACAGCA